AACUUUUUCCCACGAACAUAUCAUUGCUUAUCCCAGAGUGAGUCAAAAUCAGGGCACUAGAAUCACUUCUGGAUGCUCCAACUGACUAAAUAGUGUAUCAUACUCAUAGGAGUGAGAUGCGCAGACCGGACCCGACUCCGACAGCCAGACCUGGGCGCCAAAAUCCCUUUGUUACAAUCCCAAAUCAGGAACCUCAGCCCCUCCAUCUCCUCCUCCAUGGAAGCUCGUGGCCGGAGACGAAUCAAAGGCGAGGAAAGUAGCAAUGCCAAGAAGCGAAACACAAGGCCGAGGCAAGCAGCGAAGGAGCCAUCAACUGAACGCGAUCCACAAGGACAAGGGGAGGACCUCUAUACCAGUCCCCUCCCUCUCCCAGACAUCGAGGACUUCUCUCCAGAUGACGCGCGCCGGAUCCGUGCUUCUCUCCUAGACUGGUACGACGCCCACCGCCGCGACUUGCCAUGGCGGAGGACGAAGACGAGCAGCCGCGGCACCGUCAACAGGAGUGAGACCGAGAGUAAGGUCGAAGCGGAAAGCGCGUACGCUGUGUGGGUAUCGGAGGUGAUGCUGCAGCAGACCAGGGUAUCCACUGUCAUCUCCUAUUACAACCGCUGGAUGGACAAAUGGCCCACCAUCCACCACCUCGCCGCAGCCUCACAGGAGGAAGUGAAUGAAAUGUGGGCUGGUUUGGGGUAUUAUCGAAGGGCUCGCUUUCUUUUGGAGGGAGCUAAGUCCAUCGUUCAAGGAGGAAUGUUUCCUCAGACAGCUGCUGAACUCCUCAAGGUUCAAGGAAUUGGAGAUUACACUGCCGGAGCCAUUGCUUCUAUAGCUUUCAAUGAGGCAGUGCCUGUUGUUGAUGGGAAUGUUGUUAGGGUGAUCAGUAGGCUGAAGGCUAUUACUGCCAACCCAAAGAAAUCAGCCACAGUGAAAGGAAUAUGGAAGCUAGCUUCACUAUUGGUUGAUCCUUUGAGGCCUGGAGAUUUUAAUCAAGCUAUGAUGGAAUUAGGGGCAACCUUGUGCAGCACUAUGAAUCCACAAUGUUGUGCAUGCCCGAUUUCAGAUAAUUGUGUUGCAUUUUCUCUUUCCAAGAGUGAGGAAUCAAUUGAAGUUACUGACUAUCCAACAAAAGUAGCAAAAGCAAAGCAGCGUCAUGAUUUUGCCGCUGUUUGUUUUGUUCAGUUGACUGAGGAAACAGGUGAAGAAUCCUUAAAGAGGUGCAGUAACAAGGAUAUGCUACUUUUGGUUAAAAGGCCAAAUGAAGGAUUGCUUGCUGGCCUCUGGGAGUUCCCAAGUGUCUUAAUGGAUGAAAGAGUAGAUAUUGACUCAAGAAGAAGAAGUGUAGACAAGUUUUUGAGAAAAUUGUUUCAUAUCAAAAUAUGGGAGAACUGUGAGGUGGUUUUGAGAGAAGAUGUUGGGGAAUGCAUACAUGUUUUUUCUCACAUCAGACUCCACAUGCACAUUGAGCUCUUGAUUCUGAAACUGAAUGGUGGUUUAAAUCAAUUUUAUGAAAGCAAUCAGUUCUCUAGUUCAUGGAAAUGUGUAGACGCAAAGUCCAUAAGGACCAUGGGAUUAACAUCUGGAGUACGAAAGGUUUACAAUAUGGUUGAAGAUUUUAAAAGAAAAAAAAUUACAACGUCCAUCAGGAGAUCCAAGAAAGAAGCACAGAAGUUUAAUUUAAUGGACUAAUUUAUAUGCUGUCGAACUGAUUGAAUCUGCUUCUAGCUUGUCAUUUGUGCUUUUACAGUGUUUCCUGCAUGAUGCAGUUUUGGAAAAUUUUGGAUGAUGGCGUGCUUCUGAGUUUCUUCUUCCCUUUAAAGGAGUCAAGGCUGUAUUUUUGGCUGACAAAAGUUAAGUUUAUGUGGGAGAAGAGGAAGAAGAAGAAAUUAUAUAUGUUUGGUUCACUCUUAACUCCAAACUCCGUAUGUAGGUAACUAUUAUGAGCUCAAAUAAUCCAAAGAAAUUUCACAAAAA